AUGGUAACAAUUCACCCUCUUCACACUGCUUUCAAAAGCACAUUAGCGAAUAUAAUGAAAGCUUCAAGAUGCUCAAUUAACGUCUUAAACUUUCAAGAAAAUCUUCAAAUAAUCACAGAUUUGGACUCUGUAUGUAUGGAUCCUCAUCUGAUAGCCUUCAGUUCAAGCUCAAUAUUAAACAUAGGAGGCUCAUGCAAUUUAUAUUCACUUAAUGAUAAUUCAAAGCAUCAUUUAAGUGUCCUUACAAAGUCAAAUCUUGAACCUUUUAUAUCAUCAACGAUAACUGGGCAAGUGAUAUUCAAGCAUGAUUUAGCGUAUUCAUUUCUUUAUUUGAUUCAAGUCAGUGAUGUUAAUUUGGGAAAAGAAGGAAAACCUCUUCUUUUAAAGUAA